AUGGACGAACUCGUCAGAAAAAGGAACGUGGCCUUCGAGAGGCUGAAGAGAGUUCAUGCAAGUGUGAAGCACCUAGCGGAGCGAGAAACACAGGCGUUCGAAGUUCACGAUCGGCUCCGGAAAUUAGCCGAUAUGGAGGAAAAUUUCGACAGGAUUCAGGCUGAAAUCGAGGAAGCGGUCCCGCCGGAGGAGCUUUCGUCGGUGCUCAGCGUUCGUUCGGACUACGAACAACUCUUCUACAUAACGAAGGGGAUGGUCACGAAGUGCCUGCAAGUGCCGGACGAAUCCGUCGGUGCCAACAGCGAGAGAACAGUUGUGGAGUCCAAGAGCGAGCUGAAGGAGGCGGUUCGUGUACUGCUCGAAACGCAACGAACCCUCCUUUCCAGCCAGGCUGUUGCUUCAACCAACAUGGAAGAGUUGACCGAGCAGAUUCGUCUCCAGAAAAUGGAGCCCAUGGAUACGCAGUUGCCGUCGUACAGUUUGCCCGUGUUCAGAGGUGACAGGAAGCAGUGGGCUUCUUUCAAAGACCUCUUCCUCAGCGGCGUCAACAGUAAGAACCUGACCAGCGCAUUGAAGUUGCAAAUACUGAUGUCCCACCUGGAAGGUGACGCCAAAAGCCUUGUCAGCAGUUACUCCAUCACGGACGCAAACUAUACACAAGUGUGGAAUACACUCGUCGAACACUUCGACAAGCCGAAGUUCACGGUUGCCGCCUUGGUUCAGGAGUUCUGCGAACAGCCGGCGAUAAAGGGUUCGAAUCUUGCCAGCCUGCGUAAGCUGGUGACUACAUCGGAUGAGGUGAUUCGUCAACUCAGCGCUUUGGGGCCGGAAUUCGAAACUAGGGAUCCUUGGUUGAACUACAUCGUUCUGAAGAAGCUGGACGAUGGCCUCCGGUCUCAGUGGUCGCAGCACAUCGUAGACAACGACGACCCGACGUUUGACGACCUGCUCAAGUUUUUGAAACGGAAGUGUGAAGCAUUGGAGACCUGCGCAGCGUUCGGUGGAAAACCCCUGGAUUACGUCGUCAAGAAGGAGUUCAAUCGGGAUGAACGGAAGCAGAACACAGUGAAGAAGGAAAUCAAAUCUUUCAACGUAGUGCAGCAUCAAUCGUGUCCAGUUUGUGCUGCCAGCCACAGGAUUUAUGAUUGCACCGUCUUCAAGGAGUCUUCGGUAAGUGAACGGCGAGAGCGAGUGCAACAAGCACGACUUUGUUUUAACUGCUUGAGGCCAAACCAUUGCGCAAAAUCCUGCCCAUCGAAGUCGGUAUGCCGAACGCCAAACUGUCAACAACGUCACCACACGAUGCUGUGCAAAGCAAGCUGUGAGACGUCGACAAUGACAGCACCGACACCACCGGAGAAAGCGUCGCCGUCGUCGUCAUCGCCAUCGCCGUUGCCAACACAGAAAUCGGAUUCUGUAGCAGUCGACGUCAAACCAGCAGCGUCCUGCACAACGAAUGUAAACAACAGCUCUUCGGUUGUCAUCGGAUUACUACCGACGGCUUUGGUAAGAAUAAAGCAAGCUGACGGUCAGUGGAAGGAAGUGAGAGUGAUGAUCGAUAGCGGUUCCCAAGCCUCCCUCAUCACGGAGAAUUGCGUGACCAGCAUCGGACUGCAACGAAGCAACGCUAAUUUGGUCGUCACCGGAAUCGCAAGCUGCUCGUCCGAAACCACCAGAGGAGCCGUACAAUUGGAAAUUUCGUCUCGAUUCUGCUACAGCCCUGUUGUGAAGGUGAAUGCGUAUGUGCUCUCCAAGUUUCCACAAAUCGUACCGAACCAGCGACUGGAUCGUGAACGUUUGAAAUGUUUGGAGCCGUUGCAGCUAGCGGUUCCAGAUUUUGACAAGCCCGGAAAGAUCGAUGUUAUCCUUGGAGCUGAUGUUUUCUUGGCAAUUUUGGCGGACGGCAAGGUGAAAGACGACGCGGGACUUCCUGUGGCGAUCAACUCUACGUUCGGAUGGAUCGUCGCCGGUCAAGUUUUCGAUACCAGCGAAGUCAACUGCAACACGGCCAUUGUCAGUCUCAGCAUGGACAUGGACAUCGACAAGUCCCUCCGGAUGUUUUGGGAAGUGGAGGAGGUCAACCAACCGAAGUCGUUGACACAAGAGGAGCAGCAAGCAGUGAAUAUCUUCAACACCACACACCAACGAGAUGAAUCCGGCUGA